GCGUCUUAAAAGUUGACAAAACGAACAAAAAACACAUCAAAAAACUUAAUAAAGGAAAUAAAAUUUACACAUUUCUCAAAGAAAAUGACACUUCCUAGAAAAUGGCCAGUAAAUCCUGGUAUUUUGAGAAAGCUUAAGAAAUCUAUAUCACCAAGUGAAGGUGAAAAAUAUCUCGUCAAUCGAAAUCCAUGUAAUUUGGAGUUCAUGAGUAUUGCUUCGAAACCUGAAGGCUACAAACUUGAUAAGCCAGGACGAAAGUUUUGGAACAAAAUUACUCUUGUGCAAAGCGGAAAACAUGUGACAGCCCAAAUGAUACAUUUUGAAAAAGGUCCAGUCAUUGAAGUCUCAACAAAAGAGUGGGCAAUUAAGAAGCAACUUUACAAAACAUCAGAUACAUCAGCUUAUUAUAAUUUAGCAAGAGUUUUUGCUCAACGAUGUUUGGAAAGCGGAUUUUGCGAAAUGGCUUGCAAUAUGAAGCCAAAGGAAGGAGGAAAAGUUGAUUUGUUCCUUAAGACUAUAAUUGAUGGUGGCAUUUUCCUUCGUGAGCCUUCUACAAUUCAUCCUGUUAUAAUGAACAGAUAUGUCGGCCAGAAACAAAAACCAUAUGAAUUAAAAAAAAUCAAUUAGAUAGUAAACUUCUGCUGAAUUUUAUUUUAUUUCAUCUCAUAAAAUUAGUUGAAUAAAUUUAGUGACUCUAACUGAACAA